UUCUGCCUUGAUACAGACUUGCUCCACAGCCUCGCAUGCCAUAGGCGGCAGCGGCAAAAAAAAGCCCUUCUCCGCCUUAUCUGCCUGUUCCGGAGCUAAAGUGGCCAGCUUCCAUGACCUCAACCUUCCCUCCCUCCCCCUUCCCCCAGUCAUUCCCCUUAUUGUCUCGUGUUUGGCCUUCAAUCCAUGAGCCAGCUGUUAUCGCACAGUUCUCUGUCCUCGCUGGGCGAGACGUGUGCCUCUUACAUAGACCACGUCGCCACCAAUCUCCCUCCGUCGUUGCACUCCCUCCACCACCAGAUUCUCACCACCCUCUCCUCUGCCAAAGCCUCGUCGCCCCUGCGCUUCCUCACGCCUUGGCCAGAGCUCGUCGCGGACCACACAGACAGCGCCUCUACCGCCCCGGUUGCAUAUACCGUCCUCGCCUGCACCGUCAUCCUCCUCGUCAUGUUCCGCCGCUCCCCGUUCGCCAACCUGUGGCGCCGCUCCCCCAGUUACACCGGCCCUCAAGACCCCCCACACGUCACCGACAACGACUACAGUUACAUCACCCAGGAUGACAUCGUCAACCCGUCCGCCACCCAAUACCCCGGCGGCGGCGCCGACACCGAGCCCGAUGUCCUGCGUCUGAAACACCGCAGGGACACGUACGACCUGCACUUCCCGGCUUACGCCAUCAACGACGGCGCCCUCAGCGUGGGCCAGCUGAGACAACGCGCCGCGGAAGUCACUCGCACGCCCGACCCGAACCGCAUCAAGCUGCUGUACAAGGGGAAGCUGCUGGAGACCGACUCGCUGCCCUGCCGGUCGGAGGGUCUCAAGCAGCAGUCCGAGGUGCUCUGCGUGGUGUCCGGGGUCGAGCCCGGCGAGAGCUCUCCCAGCGAUGUCUCCGAGGCGGAGGCCGACAAGAACAACAACAACAGCGACCUGUCCGCCCGUCCGGAAGAGCCGCCUCGCAAGCGCCCCGGCAAGAACAGGAAACGGCACGGAAAGAAGAAGAAGAACCAGGGCGAGGACGCGAAUGGCCUCGCUCCUCCCGCCGAACCUUCGCGACCGUCCUCCGCCGCCGGUCGAGGCAUGCCUCCCGCUUCGCCCGCUCUGGGCAUCUUCCGCUCUCCCCUCGAGCAGGCCAACGGCCUGAUGGCCUACCUGCAGCGCGAGUUGCUGCCCCGCUGCGAAGAAUACCUCACCAGCCCCCCGCCCGACGCGAAGGCCCGCGACUUCGAGCACAAGAUGCUGAGUGAGGUCAUCCUGGCGCAGGUGAUCUUGAAGGCGGACGGAAUCGAGCCCGCGAGCGAGGAAGACCGCGCUGCGCGCCGGGCGCUCAUCAAGGAAGCGCAGAGGGCCCUUAAUAGUUUGGACCAGGCGGCCAAGAUUUGAGAGCUUUCUCUUUCUCUUCACUCUUGCUCUCGCCUUUUCGCUUUUCGCGUUUCGCUUGAUUGUACAGGAUAUGGGAAUGUUUAUGGGAUAGAUGACCUUAAUACAAGAACGAAAUAGACACUAUUCACACCCCC